UAACAAAUAUUUUUGCCUCAACUAAUGUCUUCUCAAAAUAAAGAAAUCAAAGAUUGUUCAAAUCCAGAGAGUGAUCUCAACACAGCACAUCUAGUUUCUGAAGAUGAAUCAUCUGCCGAUACCAAGAAUCUUAAAGUGUUCAACACCUAUGUCAUCAGCAUUCCACCGGAUGAUUCAAGAUUAAGGGGGCCUGUUACGUAUUCUCGUGAUGGGUUAUCAGAGGAUAUGGAAAAAUCUGUCUCUCGCCAACCUGCGGAAUUGUUGGACUGUGGAAGUUCUCAAGAUGAUUUGCUUUUACAUGCUGCCGAAAAUCGCAAUGAGGAUGGGAAAAAGGAAUCAGCUUCGACUGAUGUAGGUUUAUCGCGGCCGGAAACUGAAAAUUCAGUUCUACAGAAAGAAAAUAGAUUGGAAAAGGCAACCGGUAACCUUAGCGACAAUGGGUUAAAUCCAGACCAGAAAAAGAAGCCAGACCUUGAAUUGAGUCGAAUGGGAAAUACAGAAGUUGAAACUAGAAAAGAGGAAAUGGCUCUUGAGAAUGAGAGGCUUCCAAUUAGCUCUCAGGAAUUAAACGAUACUCUGAGAUUUCAAUGGCGUCAAAUUGCUGCACCUCGAACAAGCAAAAAUACGGUGCGAAUGGGAAAUUGCGCUAUAAAACGGAUUCCGUGGAUAGAUAUGCGAGACACUGGGAGACUGAAUAGAGCCACAGUAAUUGUUGAUCAAGACAAAGCCAGUUAUAAUCAUGAAAAUACGACCAUCAAGCCAUUCUAUAGCUCAAAUCCUGCAGAGAAGACUGAAACAGUGGCUCUAAAGGAACAAGAUGAGAAACUGAAUGAACCAGAUUCCAUCCAAGAAGAUUUGACAGGCGAUGUAACUCGUGCCAGCGAAACUACUAUUUUGCUUGUGACUGAAUAUGACAAUGAAGAUGAAUCACAUGACAACACCCAGGAUGGAGAUGAAUUAAAUGAUGUAGUUGGUGAAAAUGAAAAUAUUGGCCCGAGUGCUAACAAUGGAAAUGCGGGCCGUCUGUAUGGUGCUGGAGUUAUUCCCCCAAGAGGUUUCAUUGCCAACAUGCUCGGCAAUGCUGACUUCAAUGCAGGAAAUUUAGAUCAUAAUAUCGGAAAUAUCAAGAUGGAAAACAGAAGUGCAAUUCCAGUGAGACUCUCAGACGAAAAGGGAAACCUACUGGGUGACGAAGCUCCGAUCGAAACUGAACCAAAGCCUCCAGAUUCUCUAGAUCUUGAUACAGGUCCUGAUCAACAUGAUGCCGAAAUACCUACAAACAAAGACAGCUCUGAUUUAACUGAUUCCAUGGAAGCAUGUACGGUCUGCAAUGAUGAUAAAACGAUCAGCUCUGAUAUUUUGAAAAUACAAGAAAAAGGAAAUGAAAAAAAAGAUAUGGUCCCUCCCCCUCUGAACCCAAAUAAUGGUUCUGUAGCCCAGCCCAACAUUGCUCCUGCACCAGGCAUCCGUGGUUAUCUGGAAAGGUACGAGACAUACUUUGAUAUACCAAUCUACAAGAGAUGUCCUUCUCUACAUUUGGAGCAAUUGGCCAGGAUUGGUUUCAAAUUCAUUAAACCAGACCCCGGGCAGGCAGGACGCAUUAUAUGCACAGAUUGUGGAAAACUACAUUCAUUCACAGACAUUAUACGCAGAUCUCCAAAAAACUUCGUUUGGCAUGAAAAUGGUUGCUCGUUCGAGAACAAACGUUUUCCUUGUGAUCAUUGUGAGAACUUAAACGUGCACGAACAAGAUUGGGAAUGGUGCAAUGAGUGUGGACAAGAUAUCCUACCGGUCAAAGCUUUCUCAGAAUUGGAGCAACAUCUUCAAAUGAUCCCUGAGCAGCAAGCGCAACAAAACCACGCCUUCAUAUCUUGCUUGGUUUGCAACCAGGAUGUUGAUUCACGACAGAAUGUAGAUACCUGCACUGUAUGCGGCGGUCCUUUAUGCAUCUGCUACGGUUACCACAACCAUUAGGAAGGAUAUGCCUCGUAAUUGUAAAUAAGCAUACCUCCGCUAUAAAACUGAAAUAAUCACAUUUUUCAAAAAGAGACUCUUUUUUCAAUAUUCUGUCAUUAUAGAACAGGGCCGCACAUCUUUUUGUCUGGGUUUCAAUGCUAUACCUUAUUUCGUUUUGAUUUUUGGUAGUGCCUUAUGUCCGUUUUUAGUUUUGCUGUACGUUUCUGAAAAUUACAAAAAUGUGAUUCCAUCUAAACUUUAAAAUGUGACAUAAGCUGGUCUGGUUUCACUACUUCAAAGACAUAGAGAGAGAGAAAUUAAAUUGAACGUCAGUCACACACGCUCACUCAGAAAUAAAGACAGAUUUCUGAUCGACGUUAUGGAUGAUCGACAAAGUUGAAUUGAGACUAUAAUGAGUUAAAACAGGAAAAGCUAUGUAUAGAUAUGAGUGAAUUCGUGUGACCUUGUAAGCAAAUUUUCCCAGGAAAAAAUCUUCAAAACUUUCUAAUCAGAGAGUUAAUCCUAUAAAUUUUUCCCCCAUGGAUGGAAUAAUGUCAUUUUGAACUAUGUGCUUCUUAUUUUUUUGCUAUUAUUUUUGCUAGUUAGUGUGUACAUCUUGCUUUGCUUCAAGCUUGUAUAUUCACAUAUAAUGCUAUUAUUUUUAUGCAUGUUUGCAUUGGUGCUCACAUUUAUUUUCAAUUUGCCUUCUUUUAGAACAAACAGAGGUUCUCAAACUUACAUGAUCUGUACCCCCUCCUUCUCUUCUACUGAAAUAUCCUGUGAAGGCCUUCCCCCAGGCUCCCCUAGGACUAUACCCUCCAUGGCUUUCUCGGUAAGCAGAGGGCCCAUUUUGAGACGAUUCUAAAACUUGGUAUUUUGUGAUUAUAUAAGAUAGUACGUCAUAAGAAACCUUUAUGUGAUGUAGUACAAAUCGUAUCAAUAUUUUAUGUAGCAUGGUGCAUGGUGUUUUAUGCAUGAUACUUUCUAUUCUAUCUCUAUUAAACUUGUUAUCUGGGGAAACACGGUAGUUAGGUCCAGCGCUCCAACUGCUUGUGAAUUGAUAAAAAUAUGUGCUGUCUGAUAAUUACAUAUUUAUUUUGAACACAGUACUAGAAAAAUAUUGUAAUGUUUCAAAACCUCUGCAUGAGCAGAACAACAAGUACAAAGUGUUCCAUUGUAAUCCAUGUCAAACAUUUCAGCAAGUGUUUCAUUUAACACUGUAAAAAAUUUCAAAGUUCAUUUUUUAGUAUAGGCCAAAAUUUUCCGUAAACAGGCCAAAGCAAAUUUGAUUUAUACACAUGCAAUUUUUUAGAAAAUCAAAAACAUGCAAUUAGUAUGAUAUGCAUUUUAAUAUUUUUAUAAUUCGUCAUGUUUUGUAUUUUUUCAAGCC